UUCUACUCCUUGUGUUCAUGCAAUCAUAGUGCCAUCCCAUGAGACAUGUUCUUUUUGAAUUAACUAAGCUAACAGUUUUGUCUCCAAACUCAACACUUCACCAUGGAAGACAACAACUGUGGCUGUUGGUCUGUCUUGAAACGCAGCGUCUGCAAGUCCUCUGCUCCUCGUGACUCAGCUAACACCAUUCCUCGUACUAGUCUUGUUUAUGAUAAUGCUACUGAAACAAGGUAUCUAAAUGCAAGUAACAGAGAACUUUACCCUCCAAAUGAAGCUGGUCUUUCAUCUGAUAAUCCUGAACCACCGCCAUCAGAUAACAAAUCUCCAUGCCAGCUUCUCCAAUUUACAUUUCAGGAGCUGAGAUCGGCUACCGUGAACUUUAGACCCGACAGCAUACUUGGGGAGGGUGGUUUUGGCUAUGUCUUCAAAGGGUGGAUUGAGGAAAACGGUACAGCUCCGGCGAAACCCGGUUCCGGGAUCACGGUUGCGGUCAAGAGCUUGAAGCCAGAUGGUCUACAAGGCCAUAGAGAAUGGGUGGCUGAGGUUGAUUUUCUCGGACAGCUUCAUCAUCCUAAUCUUGUUAAACUCAUCGGUUACUGCAUCGAAGACGAUCAACGGCUGCUUGUGUACGAAUUUAUGACCCGAGGAAGCCUCGAAAACCAUCUUUUCGAAGUGAGGACAAUACCUCUUCCAUGGUCCAAUAGAAUCAAGAUUGCACUUGGGGCAGCAAAAGGGUUGGCCUUUCUCCAUGGUGGUCCAGAACCGGUCAUUUAUAGAGAUUUCAAAACAUCCAACAUUUUACUUGAUUCGGAGUAUAACGCAAAGCUUUCGGAUUUCGGUCUCGCGAAAGCCGGUCCUCAAGGAGACAAAACACACGUUUCUACCAGGGUUGUUGGAACCUAUGGCUACGCCGCACCCGAGUAUGUUAUGACAGGACACUUGACGUCGAAGAGCGAUGUCUACAGCUUCGGUGUUGUAUUACUUGAGAUUUUGACAGGCCGGAGAUCAAUGGACAAAAAGCGGCCUAGUGGCGAGCAGAAUCUUGUUACUUGGGCUCGACCAUAUUUAGCUGACAAGAGAAAGCUUUACCAACUGGUGGAUCCUCGCUUGGAGCUGAACUAUUCUCUUAAAGCAGUACAGAAAGUUUCUCAAUUAGCUCACAGUUGCCUCCUUCGGGACCCGAAAUCCCGUCCUACGAUGGACGAAGUCAUGAAAGUUCUCGCUCCAUUGCAGGAUCUUAAUGAUCUUGCCAUCUUAUCCUACCACACUCGUCUAUCUCAACAAGGGAGACGAAAAAAGAAACCAGAGGGAUCUCAGCAACUGUCCAAUACUCAUUCCAAAAGCAUCAGAGAUUCUCCCUUGAAUACCGGCAAACAGAGGUGUAGAUGAUCCGAAAUCGACUCCUCCAGCCAUCAUUCGCUCAACUAUCAAAUGAAAACAUAUGCUUGGAAUGCCACGAUCGCAUUUUCCGAUGUGUGAAGACAAUAUUGCUGGAGGCAUAAGGGUUGGAAGAGGUAACCAUGAACUCGGGGCACCAUUCCUCGCGAUUUCCCGCUGUUGUAAUUAGAUCAAACCCCCCCAUUUCAGAGACUGGUAUUUGCAGCUACUAGCUGAAUGUCUAAUUUCUUACUGAGUU